AUGGCUACUCAAAAACCCCGAAGGACCCCGGCGGAAAUCGAGGAUAUUAUUCUCCGGAAAAUAUUCCUUGUGUCGCUUGUCGAUUCGAUGGAGAAUGAUUCACGAGUUGUGUACUUGGAGAUGUCAGCAGCGGAGAUUUUGAGUGAGGGAAAAGAGUUGAAACUGUCACGAGAAUUGAUGGAGAGGAUCUUAAUUGAUCGGCUUUCGGGCAAUUUUGUUUCUGCUGAGCCGCCGUUUCAGUAUUUAGUUAAUUGUUAUCGUCGUGCGUAUGAGGAGGGGAAGAAAAUUGGGUCGAUGAAGGAUAAGAAUGUGAGGGGGGAGUUGGAGAUGGUAGUGAAGCAAGCUAAGAAAUUGGCUGUUUCGUAUAGUAGGAUUCAGCUGGGGAAUCCAGAUAUGUUUCCAAAUUGGGAUACGAAUAAGUCAAUUGUUUCUCCUUUGCUGCCUCUGGUUUUUUCCGAGGUAGGAAGUAAUAUUGAUGGCUUUGGAGGGAGUAUUGAGGCAGUUUCAUCUCCCCCAGGGUUUUUGGAGGAGUUUUUCCUUGGUGGGGAUUAUGAUUCCUUGGAAUCAAUUUUGAAGAAGUUGUAUGAGGAUUUGAGAGGAAGUAUGCUGAAGGUUUCGGCUUUGGGGAACUUUCAGCAGCCACUCAGGGCCUUGUUGUUACUGUUGCAUUAUCCUGUGGGAGCCAAGGCACUAGUGAAUCAUCCAUGGUGGAUUCCGAAGAGCGUGUAUCUGAAUGGGAGAGUAAUCGAGAUGACUAGCAUUUUGGGUCCUUUUUUCCAUGUUAGUGCAUUGCCCGAUCAUGCUCUCUUCAAGAGUGAGCCUGAUGUUGGCCAGCAGUGCUUCUCAGAAGAAUCAACUCGUCGUCCAGCUGAUCUUUUGUCUUCCUUCACAACUAUUAAAACAGUCAUGAACAACUUAUAUGAUGGCCUGGCGGAAGUUCUUAUGUGCCUCCUUAAGAAUACAAGCACUCGUGAGAAUGUUCUCGAGUACCUUGCAGAGGUCAUCAACAGAAACUCUUCACGCGCUCAUUUGCAGGUUGAUCCACUAUCUAGUGCCAGUUCUGGCAUGUUUGUAAACUUGAGUGCCAGUAUGCUUCGUCUCUGUGAGCCAUUCUUGGAUGCAAAUAUGUCGAAAAGGGAUAAAGUUGAUCCUAAAUACAUAUUUGACAGUAAUCGUUUGGAAUUGAGAGGACUGACUGCUCUACAUGCAUCAUCUGAAGAAGUCACUGACUGGAUAAACAGAAUUAAUCCUGGGAAAGUUGACGUCUCUGCAAAUAAUAGUGAUAUUGAAAAUCGAUUACUAAAAUCACAGGAAGCUACUAGUUCUGGCAGUAAAGCAAAUGAGGUUUCUUUGCUUCAUAGUAAUAGAGCAAUGUCAAGUUGUAGCCAGAAAGACAAAUACCCUUUUAUUUGUGAAUGCUUCUUCAUGACUGCCAGGGUGCUUAACUUGGGGUUGCUAAAAGCUUUUUCAGACUUCAAAAAUCUUGUUCAGGACAUUUCACGAUGUGAAGAUACUUUAUCCACUUUCAAAGCCAUGGUAGGGCAAGCACCAUCUCCGCAAUUGCAACAGGAUAUAUCACGUCUUGAGAAAGAAAUUGAGCUGUAUUCACAAGAGAAAUUAUGCUAUGAAGCGCAGAUACUGAGAGAUGGAGGGCUUCUUGAGCGGGCAUUGUCUUACUACCGUUUAAUGGUGGUUUGGUUAGUUAGCCUAGUAGGUGGUUUUAAAAUGCCUCUAUCACCAACUUGCCCAAUGGAAUUUGCUUGUAUGCCAGAGCACUUUGUGGAGGACACCAUGGAGUUGCUUAUUUUUGCCUCUAGAAUUCCUAGAGCUUUGGACGGGAUUAUGCUUGAUGAUUUUAUGAACUUCAUCAUUAUGUUCAUGGCUAGUCCAGAAUACGUAAGAAAUCCUUAUCUAAGAGCGAAGAUGGUUGAAGUCCUCAAUUGCUGGAUGCCCAGAAGGAGCGGCUCAACAGCCACAUCAACUCUGUUUGAAGGACAUCAACUGUCCCUAGAAUACCUCGUGAGGAAUCUUCUGAAGCUUUAUGUUGACAUUGAGUUCACUGGUUCCCACACUCAGUUCUAUGACAAGUUUAAUAUACGCCACAACAUUGCCGAACUACUUGAAUAUCUAUGGCAGGUUCCAAGUCACCGUAACGUUUGGAGACAGAUAGCUAGGGAGGAGGAGAAGGGUGUCUAUUUGAACUUCUUAAACUUUUUGAUCAACGAUAGCAUUUAUCUCCUUGACGAAAGUCUGAACAAAAUACUUGAACUCAAAGAACUGGAAGCUGAGAUGUCUAAUACUGUGGAAUGGGAACAAAGAUCUCAGCAAGAGAGGCAGGAGAGAACUCGGCUUUUCCAUUCCCAAGAGAAUAUUAUAAAGAUUGAUAUGAAAUUGGCAAAUGAAGAUGUUAGUUUGCUGGCAUUUACUUCCGAACAGAUUACAGCUCCCCUUCUACUGCCGGAGAUGGUUGAAAGAGUAGCCAGUAUGCUAAACUAUUUUCUAUUACAACUGGUGGGGCCCCAAAGAAAAUCUCUUAGCUUGAAAGACCCUGAAAAGUAUGAGUUUCGACCAAAACAAUUGCUAAAGCAGAUUGUAAACAUAUAUGUGAACUUGGCUAGAGGAGAUAAGGAAAACAUCUUCCCAGGUGCGAUCAUAAGAGAUGGUCGAUCAUACAACGAACUGCUAUUUGGUGCUGCAGCAGAUGUCCUCAGGAGAAUUGGGGAAGAUGUAAGGAUCAUUCAAGAGUUUAUCGAUCUCGGUGCAAAAACUAAAGUUGCAGCUUCAGUGGCCAUGGAUGCCGAGGCUGUUCUUGGAGAUAUACCAGAUGAAUUCCUGGACCCAAUUCAAUAUACUUUAAUGAAGGAUCCUGUCAUGUUACCUUCGUCAAAGGUCACACUCGACCGAUCCGUUAUUCAUAGGCAUCUUCUAAGUGAUAGUACUGACCCCUUUAACCGUUCUCAUCUCACGGUUGACAUGUUGAUUCCAAACACGGAGUUGAAGGCAGCUAUUGAAGAAUUCAUUAGGUCACAAGAGGUGAAGCACAGUGCGGAUAACUCGAAUAUGCAAAGUAGCAAAGACACAAUAAAGACGACGAAUACAACUUCUUUAAUUGACUAG